CACAGGACGACAAUUUGCCAUAUCUUGCACACAUCGCCAAGAACCCGAGUGAAAGCGAGAGAGGACAGGAGCACAGCAGCAACACCAACCGCAACAACAUGGACGACAUACAGACGUUGAUGCAGAUGGGCUUCGACAAAGCCAUGGCGGAACGGGCACUUGCAGAGACACAAGGGCAAGGUUUGGAUGCUGCUGUCAACUGGAUUUUCAGCAACCCUGCACCGAUGGCCCAGAGCGGUGGAUUCACGCUCGGCUCUGGCUCUGGUGGGCAACAGCAAACGUCUGCAGGCAGCACUGGCGAUGCCACGGCUGAACAGCAGAGCGCUCAGCAGCAGGGACAACAGCAGCCAGAACAAUCACAGCAGAAUGCAGAGGGAGAGGCGCCAGCUCCAAAGAAGGCGCUAACAGAGGAAGAGAAGCAGGAGCAGGCAAGGAAGCUGCAAGAGAAGAUCAACCAACGCCGCAUCCAGCGACACCAGGAGGAAGAGAAGCGUCAGCUGGAACAACAGAAGAAGCGCAUGGAGUCUGCAAAGACGCUCUCGCAGGCUCGCCGGGAGCAGGAAGAGCUGGAGAUGAAGCGCAUUGCUGAGCAGAAACGCAAGGAGAAACUUGAGAACAAACGACGAAAGGAACGAAUCAAGGCAGAGCUGGAGAAAGACAAGGCAGAGCGUGAGGCUGCACGAAAAGAGGCGGAGCGCCAGCAAUCGCGCCCGUCGUCGCUUCCCGUCGCCCCAACGCCUGCAGUCACCGCGCCGCCAUCGACAACAGCCACGUCCUGUCGCAUCCAGGUGCGGUUGCCGGGUGCACAGCCCCUGCGUGCAACAUUCUCGCCUGACGACAAGCUGCAGAAGCUGUUUGAUGUUGUGAGUGCAAGCGGGGCGGCGCCGGCCAACUAUUCGCUGAUGCAGACAAUCCCACGCCGCUCGUUUGCCCCAACAGCAGACGCAGACACCUCUUUCAGAGAUGCAGGUCUCGUGCCGUCGGCGUCGCUGCACCUCAAGCCUAUCUUGUAAUCAACAACUGUGUUACAUGCUGUCACCUGCACACAUAUACGCAAACGCAUUCACAAACAAACACACACACACAUACACACGCUAUCGCCAUUGAGGUCACAGCACAUCCCUCGUCUUUUUCUUGGUAUUCGCCAUACACCCAGUGCUUGGGUUGUUUACCCUUGCUGCCUACUGCACACGACAUUACAUUUUUUGACAAGGACAACGCCACGUGUAACUAGCGAAUUCGUUGCUUCCAAUAGAG